GUUCACUUUCCCUUCUUCUUCUUCUCUUCGGCUCCUCCGUCCUUCGACGACGACAAGAAAUUAUCUCUUGUUCACAUUCACCUCGAUUCGCCCCUCACCGUCACCGUUACACCGGUCAACGUCUCUGUCUCCUUCGCCGUUCGUCCAUAGGAUUCGCCUCAGGAGAAAGAACUUAUUGAAAGGCAUAACAAAUUGCUUGGUGAAGAGUUGGCAACCAAAGUUGAUAGUUACUCUGAGCUACAUAGAAGGUACUCUGAUCUUGAGGCUGAAAUGUCAGCAAAGCUUGUAGAGGUUGAGAGAAAAUAUAAUGAGUGUGUUCUAGCUCAUUAAACUGGUAUAAAGAUCAAACGAGAGCUUAAAAUAAAGAUUAAACUGGCAUAAAGAUAAUGGGGAACUCAGCUCUUACAAAGAUUCAACGUCAGCCACUGAAGAGGAAUACAAUGCUGAGCUUUUCGCCUUAGUCAAUGGAUCAAAGUGUUGCUAUAUUACUGCUGGGUUAUAGUGUAGAGCAUCAUUCUGGAUCUUAAGUUUUGAUGGUAGACGCUGAGAUGGCUUCGCGUUCUAACUUGCCAUCAACUGGCAAUGCAAGCAACAAUGGGCAAAACAGCAUCUAUCUUUCCAGUGAGAGUCCGUCCAGAUCAGUGGGCAAUAAGGAUGAAGGAGAGGAAUAUGACGAGGAUGAAGAUGUUGACUUCAAUCCGUUUCUGAAGGGAACACCAUCUCCUGCAGCUUCCUCUAGUCUGAGCUCUGAAAUUGAAGCUUUUGAAGGUGAAACUGAUAAUACUCAAGGAAACGAUAGCAUUAACUCAAUGAAGCCGUCUUGUGUCUUGCAAAACCUUGAUGGUAGAGGAGAUGAUAGAAAUGGAGAAGAGGAAAUUGCAGUGCAGAGUAACGUAUCCUCUGAAGAACCGCGCAAUAAGGACUCUCAAAAAAAUGCCCAGAGGAAAUGUAAGAUGAAAAACUAUGAAUCUCUGUCUUGCACAGAAGGUGACAAUUUAAGAGAUAAUGAGAGUAAUGUCGAUGUAAUGGUGGAGAUGAAUGAAAAUGGAAGUGGAAUGAGUGACAUGAGUAGAACACAGAAGUCGAUGCUGAACUUAAGUGAAGAAGAUGCUAUUUGCAUGCGAACUAGAGCUCGAUAUUCAUUGGCAAGUAUCACCCUUGACGAGCUUGAGGCUUUUCUUCAGGAGACUGAUGACGAGGAUGACAUUCAAAAUGUUAAUGAUGAGGAGGAGUAUCAAAAGUUUCUUGCAGCUGUUUUACUUGGUGGUCAUGAUGAAGGCUCAUUGGUACAAAAGCAUGAGAAUAGUGAUGAUGAUGAUGAGGACAAUGAUGCAGACUUUGAGAUAGAACUUGAAGAAGCACUUGAAAGUGAUGACGAGGAAGGUGUAGCAGAGAAGGUCAGUAGAAGUGAGAACAGUAGUACUAGCCGACGGCCCGCGACUAGGCAGAAUAGACAACAAAACAUCCCCAUCCAGCGCAAAAGGAGUUCUCCGGAUCAGGCAAAAAGACUCUUGCGCCCUCUUGUCCCGAUAUUACCGACCGGACCAAUUCCUUUUGUGGGGAGGCAUUCUGUUUCUGAGACGAUUGUUUCAGGAAAUAGUCUGAUUAACGGCUUCACUCAAACCCAGAUAGGACAGCUGCGUUCUUUGAUACUUGAUCAUGUGCAACUUCUUAUUCAAGUGUACUCUAUUUCUGUUCUAGAUCCAUCUCGGCAGCAUAUUUCAACCCAAGUUCACGGAUUGAUAACCGAGAUACUCUGCAAACGUGAAGAAUCAGUUUCAUGCCAAAGUCAGCCACAUUCUUGUGUCACUCGUCCUUCAACAUCAAUUCUCGAUGUAUCUCCGUUAGAUCUUGCUAGUGGAUAUCUAGAUGAUGUUUCCAGUGCUGUUCGAGAUUAUCGACGGUGUCAAGUGGAAUCUGGUUGUGAUGCUUCAUCUGAUAGGGUGCCAUUGUUCCCACUCUCUCAGUCUGUUCCAUGCCAAGGAGUUGGGGGUCAAGUUCUGAAUAGUUCUCCAGCUUCCACUAUGGGCCAGUCAUCACCCGGUCAGCAACAACCUAAGAAGACAUUGGCUGCUACUCUUGUUGAAUCUGCCAAGAAACAAUCUGUUGCUUUGGUCCAUAAGGAUAUUGCUAAGUUAGCUCAAAGAUUCUAUUCCUUGUUCAAUCCGUCGCUUUUCCCACACAAGCCACCACCUGCAGCUGUUGCCAAUCGUGUGCUUUUCACUGAUGCUGAGGAUGAAUUAUUGGCUCUUGGAAUAAUGGAAUGUAAUUCAGACUGGAAAGCGAUACAACAACGCUUUCUUCCAUGCAAAUCCAAACAUCAGAUUUUUGUUAGGCAGAAAAAUCGAUGUUCAUCUAAAGCCUUGGAAAAUCCAAUCAAGGCAGUAAGGAGGAUGAAAAGUUCUCCUUUGACUGCAGAAGAGACAUCACGCAUACAAGAGGGACUCAAGUAUUUCAAAUUUGAUUGGAUGUCUGUGUGGAAAUUCAUUGUCCCUCAUCGGGAUCCAGCCUUGCUGCCUCGGCAGUGGCGCAUCGCCCUUGGUGUUCAAAAGUCAUACAAGCAAGACGAUGCUAAAAAAGAGAAGCGACGUUUAUAUGAACUAAAAAGAAAGUCCAGAGCCUCAUUGACAAAUGAACAACCUGUAUCUAACAAGGACUAUCAUGGCGCAACUAAUGACAAUGAAAAUAAUAUUGGAGACGUUGAUAAUUUGGGUGAAGCAUAUGUACAUAAAGGAUUUUUAGCCGAUUGGAGGCCUGACGUGUCACAUCUCUUCUAUUCCAGACCUUUGGACUCCCUUGACAAGGAAAAGAAUGUUCAUGAUGGUAGCCUGAAAUCUGUAGAGGAAAUUCAAAGCGGAGAUCGAUCAGAAAAUCUUGAAUCUAAUAAUGCCCAACUCCGGGCUGGUAAUGUACAGAGGUUCUCACCUACUCUCAUGCGUCCAGACCGAUCCAUAUCUGGUUCUGCACCUGGUGCCUCAAGACCGCAAAUAAUUUUGCGGCCGUAUCGAGCUCGGAGAUUUUACAAUUCACGUGUAGUGAGACUAGCACCGGAAUUGCCUCCUGUUAAUCUUCCACCUUCUGUCCGUGUAAUCUCACAAUCAGUUUUCUCAAAGAAUCAGCCUGAAUCAUCUAAACCGCAUAAUGUCAGAGGUGGCAUUUUUGAUGUUUCUGGAAGAGGAAAUUUGAGCUCUCAACCUCCUCGUGUUUCAGCUAAUGAGGAUCAAAGUUGUCCACCAAAUGUUGAAGUGCCGGAUUUGCGGCUAGACAAGUUAGAAGCUGCAGAGGACAUAAGUAACAUGGACUCAGAUUUCCAGAUGCAUCCUUUAUUGUUCCGGAUCCCUGAGAAUGGACAGCUUACAUGUUACUCCUUGAGCAGUCAGUCUGGUGGUUCUAGUUCCUUUAGUUUCUUUUCUGACCAUCGACCUCAACUGCUGAGUCUUUUUAACAGUCCCAGGCAGGUUAAUCUUCCGGUUGACCAGCUCCAGAGAGUUGUGACAUCAGAUGGGCAUGAUGCAGCAUCUGGUGACAUUGGCUUUCAUCCUCUUCUGCAAAGAGUGGUGUAUCCAAAUAACAGUUCAACUAAUGUGGGUGGAACCUCAAGCCUAUCAGUGGGUAUCAAAGGUAAAUCAGGCCAACUUGAGGAUGCUUCUGUUUCUGUCAAGAAGACUUCUACAUCCAAUGUGGGUUUAGUUGGUGUAGGCUCACAACCUUCUAGUUCUGGUGGAAAGGCCAAAACAGUAGAUUUGGAUAUCCAUCUAAGUUCGAGCUCAUCUAAGGUAAAAGGGUUCUGUCGCGAUUCAGCAGAAAACACUUCAGAAGCUCAGAACAUUUGUGCAAUACAGCAUGAUCCUGCAAAUUACUGUAAGCAUAGAUCUGAAGUCUAUGGGACAACAGUACCAGGCGAUGAUAUCAGUAGAUGUAUAGAUGAGAUAGGUGACAACUCUAAUAUAGGUAUAGUGAUGGAGCAGGAAGAAUUGAGUGAUUCUGAUGAAGAAAUGGAGGAAGAAAAUGUAGAGUUCGAAUGCGAAGAGAUGGCUGACUCUGAAGGAGAGGAAGGUUCAGAAUGUGAAGAAAUUAUUGGAAUGCAAGAUAAGGAUCAUCCGAGCUCUGCUGUUGAAAAAACCAGAACAGUGCCAGAUGCCGGGAGUGAGAGAGGGUUAGAAAACCUGACUAGUUCUCGAUCCAAAAUUUCAGACCUGUCGGUGGUAGGUCUUGUUUCUUCAAGAUCUUCUGCGGCAGAGCUAGGUAAGGAUUCUAGGAGCAGUCCAUGGUUGAGUCUGGAAUUGGAGAGCCGCUCUAUCUGCAGAAAGCCUGGUAAGCAAAUGGAUGCAAAAACCUCUGAAGAACUGGCAAAUGAGACAGUGACAGCAUUAUCUAGUCCAAGUAGAUCUUGUAAAAAGAGAAUACCGGCAAAGAGAAGAGGUACGGAAUCAAAGGAAGAUGUGGGCAUUGCUCGACUGUUGAGUCUGGGUCCUCUGGCCACUCCAACAGCGAAGAAACCCAGGAAUCGUGUUUUCCGGGCAAAAGCAAAUGUAGAUAUUGGUACAAGCCAAGAAACUUCUCGAUGCAACGACAAAGAUAGAGCUUGUUCAUCCUGAACUCCAGAAAACCAAGCAAGGUGGGAAAAGAACAUCGGAGGAAGAACAUUUAUGGCCUACUUCAAGAUUUCUUUACCAACCAUCUUUGGAGUUUUCCCAUUCUUGGCCCUAUCAACAAGGUGAUGAACAAGUUUUAUCUUCUCAGUUCUCAACUUUUUAGCAGUAUCUUUCGAGCCACAAAUCCAUGAGCUGGUUCUCUUGUUUGUUCUUUGUAACAGCUGCUGGAAGAGUAGAAUUGCUGCUAGCCAUGAAAUCAUAAAUAAGAGUUGCAGGUCACUUGCAUUAUCUAAACGCCCGGCAACUUGAUAUUCCUUAUCUGAGAGACACUCUCAAAGUUUGACGUUUGGGAGAUUUAUUGGUGCUGCUUAUACAGAGAGUUUGGCGUCACAAAAAUGCAGGUGGGCAGCAAAGCAGUUGGGAGAUAUUGAAACACCCACUAUGUUCGAUCGAAGUCAGACAGCAAGUGGACCCCAUAGUUCCUUGCUCCAACGGUCAUACAA